AUGCGCCUAGCAUCUCUUCUUUUAACAAUUGCUGCCACAGCAGAAUUGAUGCUCGAAGGCCUUGCAAUGAGACGGCGACAUCAACGCGACCUCAACAGCAUCCUGGAAGAUGUACUGCCUCUACCUAAUGAGCCCGUCCAGCAGACCUCGCCUGACUACUUCAAGGAAUACUUAUCGAGAGGGAUGUUUCAAUGCACAUCACAAUACGUAGAGACGAUAACGAAACUUCACGAAUUUAUCAAGGUAAGGAGAAAUUUGAAGCACUAAGAAUAUAACCUCUUUGAGGCUUCCACUGUGUUUCAAUUAACUUACAAGUCGCUAACUUAUAUAUUCUUUCAGAAGGCGCACGAGGAAUAUAAACGUUGCGAGAGGAGAAAAGGACUGACACCCAAGUCGGAACAGAAUCCGUUCGAGUCACUCAACAAAUUCAUCGGCCAAUGGCAGAUGGAAGAAGAGGCAGAGAAGGCGGCGUUAGGCGAAGCACAUGACAGGUCACCAUCAUCGAAAGACCAAACAGUAUUUUAA